CACCAACACCGCGGCCCUCCUGGACGCCACACGCGGCGCGACAACGUCGCGCAUCGUGCACGAAGACGAGUACUACGACUCGUACUACUCGACCCUGCUCGCGACGCCCGGCGCCGGCGGCGGACCUGCCUCGGAAGACACCUCCCUGCGCUCGCACCACCCGUACGCAUACCCGUUCGCCCACCCCGACCCCUCCGCACCCGCAUCCGAGCCGCAAGGUGCACCCGCGACAACAGCGAACAAGGGCAAAGCCCGCCUCGUCGUGCCGCGCAUCAACUUUCUCGACCCGCGCGCCGGUCCGAGGGGUGCGGCGGGCACGGCGGGCACGGCGGGUGCGGGUGCGGGUGCAGAGGCAGCAGCAGCAGCAGGUGCGCGUGUGCCAGACUACCUCAAGCCCUCGCCGCGCAACUCGCUCCUCAAGGCGAGCAUCUCGACGCCGAACCUCAAGGGCCGCCAGCGCUGGCUCGCCGCCGAGACCUGGUGCGACGCCAUCCUCCUUCCGCGCCCGCGUUUUGCGCUGCGGCUCGGCGAGCCUGGGGGUGGUGGGGACGGUGGCGGUGGAAGCGGGAGUGCUGGUGGCGGGAGUGCUGGUGGCGGGAGUGGUGUUGGUGGAGGAGGAGGAGGUGGAGGAGGUGGAGGAGCAGCAGGAGCAGUAGGAGCAGGAGCAGGAGGCAGCAUCGGCAGUGGACGCAUCGUCAGCCCGCCCCCGAGUCCCGUUCUCCCCGGCAACACGGACGAGCGCAUACAAGCACGGCCUGGCCCCGCCGAGCAGCACGCUGCCAUGGCGCGCGCACGGUCCACGAGCCGCGGCGCCGCGCCUUCGCCUCCGAGAGACCCGCUAGAGCAGCAGGCAGGCCCGAGCAGAGGCCCCGCCGGAGCCCCCCUGCGGCCGCCGCGGCCGAAGAGCUGGGCGUGGGACGACCUCGCGCUCCCGAGUCCCCGUGCCGUCUUUGGCAAACUCGAGGAGGACCGGCGCGCGUGGCAGGCGCAGGCGGACCGCUCCUUCCUCGACCGGCGCGCCCACACCGUGUCGCGCGCGCGCUCGCGGUCCAUCGGCGCCGGAGCAGCAGGCGCGCCGCGCCCGCGCAGCCGGUCGGGCGAGCGCCGCACGGCGGCGGCGGCGUUCGAGGCGCUCGCCGAGCGGACGCUGCUCGGCAACCAGACGCGCGCGCCGACGAUCUACGUGCGCGGCGCAUCAGCGGGGUCGAAGACGGGUCACAGCACGCACACGCACACGCACUCGCAGACGCAGUCCGGCACGGCGCAGCACGGGACGUUCCAGUCCCUCGCGUCGCGGUCCUUCUCGCGGCCGGGCACGGGCUCGCGCGCGACGCGCUCGCAGCACGCGCACUCGAACUCGGCGGGGCACAACACGGUGUCGACGGCGCGCUCGGACGAGGGACCGCCGCCGCAGUCGUCUGACUCUCAUGGCGCAGCGCACGGCGGCGGCCACGCGCGCACGGCGUCGUUCGGCAAGUCUGCGUUCAAGAUCGUCGUCUCGACUGCGAACACUGCGGCUGCGUUCUGCGGGCUCGCGAGCCCGACGGGCGAGAAGGGCGUGUUGACGCCGCCGGACGAGCGCGCGGGCGUGAUGGAGAGCGCGUUGCAGCACCAGCACCAGCAUCAGCAACAACAACAGCACCAGCAGCAACACCAGCAUCAGCAUCAGCAGCAACACCAGCAGUACCAGUACCAGCAGUCACAACACUUCGGGGGGGCGCCCGCCGCUGCGGCCGCCAUGAUCACGGACGACAGCUCGCCGACGCCGUCGGGCAUGUCGGGCUCAGGCGAGGUCGGCAUCGCGAUCUCCCCCUCCUCGGACGACCAGCACCAGCACCACCUGCGGCAGUACCGUGAGCCGAUCCGCAUACCCGCGCACCCGUACGCACAGGGCCCGUCGUCUUCUGCGCGCACUGGUGGCGCGGCCGAGGAGGAGUGGGACGGGCAGCAGCAGCGGCAGCAGCAGCAGUGGGUGAAUCGGCAUCGGCAGCCCGUCCUGGCUGAGGAACCUCGAUGUGCCUCUUUCGAAUAG